UAGCCAUAUUUCCCCCAAGAGCUAGCAUUUUUAUUUGCAUAGAACCUAUUAUAGAAGAAGCUGAAGCAGAAAGAAAUGGAGGACAAAGAAGACCUCAAAAAGCCUAAGGUCAUCAAAAUAGACUCUCAAAAAUCAUGGGAACACCACAUCUCUCAUGCCACCAAUCAAAAGUACCCUGUUGUGGUUCAUUUCUCUGCUUUCUGGUGUGUGCCUUCUAUAGUCAUGAAUCCUUUCUUUCAAGAACUGGCCUCCACUUAUCAAGAUGUUCUGUUUCUGACGUUGGAUGUGGAUGAGGUUAAGGAAAUUGCCUCCAAGAUGGAAAUAAAAGCCAUGCCCACCUUUGUGUUGCUGAGUGGAGGGACUACAGUGGACAAAAUUGUGGGUGCAAAUCCUGAUGAAAUAAGGAAAAGGAUUGAUCAUUUUAUUCACUCCCACAAAUCUAUGUGAAACAUGCACAUGAACAAAGACAUGUCCAAAUUAUAGAACCGUGUUGUUCAUUGUACUAGGAAUCAUUUCAUGUGUUUUUAUAUUUCAAGUAAUAUUGUUCUGUGUUUGUACAUGUUUGGUGAGACAUGUGAUACUUUGGACUUGGAAAGUUUCUUGAGUUUAAAUGGUAUUUGUGUUGAUUUAGAUA